AUGGAUGAAGAGAGCAACCUUCAAAAAAGUUUGAAGGUAUCUGUAAAUGCAUUUUCUGAAAACGUAAUUUCUUCAGGAAAUUUUCAAAAAUAAUGAUGUUUCUUCACAUAUUCUAAAAGAACAAGCUCGAAUAAUAUGCUCAACGUUUCUCGGAGGCGUAUGGAGCAAAGUUUCCGCUGAAAAAAUCUCGAUUCGAGCAAUAACGUUUGUUGAAAGUAGUCAGACGGAUGGAUGUCUAAAAUUUUAGAGGAGGGCUUUCCAACUUGCUCUAUCUAGUUGAACUUCCCAAAGCUUCACUAUCAGUUGGAAUCGAGCCAAAAUCUGUACUGCUCCGUAUACACUGCCUAGAGAGCGAUCCAGUUCAAACCUUCGUAGAAACUAUGUCAUUUUCUAUUCUCUCAGGUAUCACACGAAGUUACUUUCAACAUGUUUUGAACGCCUCAGAAAGAAGCCUUGGACCGAAGCUGUAUGGUUUUUUCGACGGAGGCCGUAUAGAAGAGUUUAUUAAAAGUAAAACUCUGUUGUGCGACGACAUUAGCAAACCAGAGUCGGUAUAUAAUAAAGACUUUUUUUCAAUUUGAUGGAAAAAAAAAUCCGGUCCGUGUUAUAUAAACUCAUUCAAUUUUCUACUGUUUUUUUAAAUAUUUUCUAAAGUUUUUGGGGUCGGAAUAUUAAAAAAAAUUGGCUCCCAGAGUAAACGAUUCUCAAACAGGUUGAAUAUUCCUUCAAACCUACUCAAACUGUAAUGUCGUUAGUAAGUCUGAUAUUUACUAAAGUUCAUAAAAAUUAAUUUUUAUGAUCAGGGAAAAUGAUGUAACUUAUUUUCAGAUAUGCAAAACUCAUUGGGAUCCAUUUCUCAAGAUUUCACACUUUAGAGAUUCCUAUCAGUAAGGAGCCGCGCUUAAUUUUCUUCAUGAGAAGUUUUCUACAGAGUUUAAAGUUAGUUUUGUGACCUCGAGGGCGUUCUGAAUUCGAGGACUCAAAUAAAAAUUUCAGGAAGACCGAAACUGGACAGAAACCAAUCAGCCUCAUUUUGAGUCAAGUGGAAUUACAUACGGAUCAGGUUUUUUUGCAUUUCGAACCAUCAUCAAAGUAGUUCUUUAACAGUAUCCGUCCCAAGUGACCCUCGCAGAUCUCGAAAAAGAAAUAGAUUUACUUGAAGAAUUUUACAAAAAAGGAACAUGGCCAGUUGUCUUCACACACAACGACCUACACGUAAGGAAGAGACAAAUUUUCGAAUUCAUAUGCGGGUUUCAGGAAGGCAAUAUUCUGCAAAAAAGUGAGUUUGACAUACGCAGCGACGGCGUCUACGACGUGCAAGGCCGCAAAGUCGAUGAAGAUCCGCUGGUUUUCGUUGACUUCGAGUGGUGUUGUUACAACUACAGGUCGAUUGCCACUAUAUUUACGGGUCAUGUGCUCACGGGCCCAUUGUUAUGUAGAAUCACACGAUGAAAAAAAGGGAAAAAAAACUUAACAGGAAGAUGAGUGAGUCUAAGUGAAGAUGUUUUCCCAAAUUUUUUUUUAUUGAUCUAGACUUAAAAAUCGUUUUUCAAAGCUUUUUAAAAGCAUCUGAGUUUCUAUUUUGAAGAGGGUUCGAUCUUGCACAUCAAGUCGUCGAAUAUGCGUUUGAUUAUACUAAUCCAGAACCACCGUACUAUAAAGUUUGUCAAGACGAAUCUCUUUUCCUUAGCAAAACGUUUAGAUUUAUCAAGAUAGAUUCGAAUGGAAGGAUGUCAGAAGGACGCUCUGUUCUUCCUAUAUAAAUAAGUUGUAUGAGGUAAAUUUUCUUCCUUCUCAUAGGAACUGAUGCAUCUUCAGAUGUCCGAAACGGCGAUGACGGCCAGACUUCUACUUUCUGGGGACAAGGAAAAGGAUACGGAAGCCUUGCUGGAGGAGGUCGAGCUAUUCGUCCCGGCGUCGCACUUGCUCUGGGGCAUUUGGAGUUUUCUCAGCGCCGAGGUUUCUUAACUCUCUACCCCCCAUAAUCUCUGUCUCCUUCAGAUCAAUUCUCAUUUUCAAAUGGACUUUUUAGCGACUGGCAGAGACAGGCUCGCUCUCUACUACAGCUGCAAACCACAAUUAGAACGGCAUUUUAAUAGCUGAACUGGAGAAUAAAAAACUGAAAAUAUUUGUUUUUAUCUACCUGAAGAAAACCACAAAAGCUGAAGAUUGGGGAAAUUUUAAUUUUGGAAGAUUUCAUCUUUCACGUAUAGUCUUAACUUUUUUCUUCGUGGAUAACAUUAUCAUUUAUUUUCUAUAAAUGUUUUCCCGCUCACUGUAAUAAUUAAUAUGUUCUGAUAAAAGUUCACAACAGUUUUUAUUGGCUCAAACGUAAAUGUAGAAUCCAACGUGCGUGAGUAAAAAAAUAAAGACACAGCGUCGAUUUGAACAUUUUCAUCAUUGUUUUCGUGUAAAAGUGUCGUGCAGAUAUGGCGGACUUGCACUGGACUCUUGGAGGUGCUGUCGUCCUUCCCACCUCUGGAAAUAGGGUCUCGACGCGCUCCACUCGUAAGAAGAAGAGCUCCAUCAUAACGCCCAAAAAACUUAUCGAAAAUGUGAGAUCGCUGUCAUGAUUUUCGAUCAUGAUUCGAUUGCAGUUGCAAAGCAAGACUCCCUCGAAGAAGCUCGAAGAGGGAAUUCUCGAGAUUUACAAGGACAUGCGAAAAGAAUCGGCAUCAUUCUUUAACUACUUCAAACCUGCAAAUAAAGAUAAGAACGCCAAGUCGAGUAAGAACGAAAACUUGGCGAGCCGCAGAGAGUGUUUACAGAUGUGUGGCUCUUUGAUUCGAGUCGUGUAAUACUCGCCGAGGCUCCCGAUUAUUAUCACGCGUCUUUCGUCGAUGGCUACGCGCGUUCUUGUCAGUUCAUCAUUUUUUCUUGCUGCGAGUAACAGAUCAUUCUCAGCACAGUACAUCUUGGCACAAGCGCCAUUUAACUUGACAACACAGAAAGACUUUUUCCGAAUGGUCUUCCAGAAUAAGGUCGAAGUUAUAGUGAUUCUCGAUGGUUCCGAGGAAAUUGCCAAGUGAGCUGUUUAGAACUUUCUUUGAGUUAUUAAACAAUAAGGUAAGAGAAGAUUGUGAAAAUCACAUAAUAAUAAUAAUAAGAAACUAGUUUGGCAGGCCAUUUUUGACAGUAAAAAAAUCUGACUGGGCAUGGUGUGAUUUGAAGUUGGCCAAAAUAUCAGAAUCUCCACUCAUAUUCAUUUUUUUCUUGAAUAAAAAAAUAAACCAACUCGUUCAGUCGGAUUGAAGUUAUAUCCAACUUCUAACAAAGAUUUUCAGAUUGAUACAGCCGAAGCCAGAGGGGAAAUUUGGAAGUUUUAAUGUGAAAGUUUUGGACGAGAAAUCGGGUAAAUAUUCGAAUAGUAUAUAUCUUUUGCUAGAAAUCCAAAAAACUCUGUCUGCUCCUUGUUUUUUCAAUUAAUGGAUGCGAUUGACUAUGCUUUCCUGAAUAGAGUAAAAUAUUCUUUAAAGACAUGAAGGCGGUAAAAAAAAAACGGGGUUUGAGGUGAAAGAAGUAUCUUGUAUAGAGUAUCUUGUAUAGCUAUAGAGCUUUUUAUUGCAAAUUGAACGGUCUACUCAAAAAAGCGCAGACAUGAGUGCUUUUGGAGAAAAACGCGAUUUUAUUUUCCCGUCUUUUGAUUUUGAAAAAAGCUUUGGAUCGGUGUACAGAAAACUGUUUAUUGUAGACGUUCAAGCGAUGUUGCGGACGUGUCAUUAGACUCGCAGUUUGUGGUAACAAAAACUACUUUAGCGACAACAGAAAAAAAAAGCUUUUUUCUUUGUUUUUUUUCAAAUUUGUGGUGUGUUCAUCGGACAAAACAAAAAUUGCUUCGCAACGCAAGAAAAUUGCUUCAAAACAAAAAUUAGUACUGUUUUGGAGCAAAGUAGAUUUAGAGAAGAUGGUUUACGUAAUUAUAAACACUACUUUACUAAUCUCAGUAAUGAAAGAACGCUAAACUAGUAUUCCCUUAACUAACUUUAAAGAGAUUUCUACGCCUCCGAGAGGUUUUUCCCCUUCAGGGCUUUCUCAGUAAGUUUUUGGAAAGUUCACGUCCGGUUUGUAUCCAGUGGAGAGAGGCGGGCUGAGCCACAACACUCUUUCUUACUGGGCUGCUGCAGGAGAAAGAAGGUGAACCGGCGGGCAAGAGCCACAACACGGUUUUCCGCAGUCGUCUGAGCAGCUUCGACAGAGAGAAACGACGAAGCAACGCUGGCUGGGUCUGAGACCUUGCCCCUCGACGACUCUCGCUUAGUGAACACUUAAGUGUUCGAGGACUUGCAAUUCUAAAGCGUAAUUACGCGGUUUUUAUAUAACACGAACACGAUUUCUUUUCAAAUACAACUCUUUACUAACUUCCACCAAUUGAGUACGAAAACGAGGCGGCUCACAACUGUGCAAGGGUUGAGGUAGAUCCCACGUUGAGAAACCUCAAACUUGGGUAGUUAAACCAACACGUUUAGUAAAAACAACGAGAAGUUAUUAACGCGUACUUAAUAGGAUAAAGGAGUGCUACUCGUUUGAAUAAGGAAUUAAUUUAACAAAGCCGAGAUACAAAUGAAUAAAAUAGAUAAACGAAAACAAAUAAAAAGUAGCUAAUUAGAAAGAACAAUGAACUUGAAAGGAAUAGAAAAAUUAUGGCGAGAAAGAAAAUGAUGACAAUAGAGAGGGGAUAAAAAGGGGAAAUUUGGCGCUUUUCUUUGACCCGUAGAACACUGUCGCGGAAGAUCAACUGCAACUUCGGCGCGCCGAUGAACACGAUUUUUUGUUUUGAAGCAUGUUCCGUUUCUCCGAUGAACACGCCAUUUAACUCGGAACCCUUUUUUUUUACUGCCCCUAUGCAUUAUAGUCAAUUAAACAGGAGAAAAUCUAAAGACGAGCACGCUAGCUGUUGGAAACAGUAAAGUGAAAGUGUAUACCUUGAAGUGGACUUCGGACAUGGAUCUUCCCGGGAACCUGCUCGCUGCACACGACAUUGUAAGAGUUUUCCGGGGAUUCGAUGACUGUUUUUCAGUUCCGCGGAGACGUCGGAUGGGACAUCGGCGGGCCUAUGUUGUUCGUCUGCAAAGACGGCGUGACGCGGUUAGUUGAAGAUGGUGAUAGUCUUGUCCAAGAAGGUUGCAUUCCAAAACUUUGGCCAAGUACGGCGGCCUCUUGCUACCAGAACAAGCCUUGUAGCUAGAUAGCGCUCAUUAAAUUCAAUUCAAAUACCGAUAAAGUGUUCUACAGGUACAUUUUGUUUCAGAUGCGGCCUCUUCACACUUCUUGACACGGAAAGCCAGCGAAUAAAGACAAAACAGCGGGUCAGACUGGGAGACACCGUGCGUUGUAUCAGGUUGGAGAACCUGACAGCAAGCAAGAAUUUCGCUCUCAGGAAUUCUCGUUCCCACGCUUUCGACGUGUAUGAGAACUUCGAGCUCGCCAUCAACUUGAUCAUCGAACUGUGCAAGAGAAAGAAAGAUAUUUAG